AGUUUAAAGUGGACCCUCGUAUGUGCACUUAUACUUAUGCCGAGAUGUAUCUGCGUGUGCGUCCGAAUAAAAAGUACUUUAAAUUUAAGCGCAAAUUAAAUCGGAAUAUUUUUCUGUGGUUAUAUGUGCUAUAUGGUGUAAUCCAUCGCAUGGUGUAGUGUGAUAAUAUCGAGAUAUUUAAUUACCAACGAAUGCAACAAGCUGUUUCAAUCCAAUCCACCCACCCACACCAACACACACACACCUGUAAACCCGUUGCCUGUUGCUCUUGUUUUGCCACGCCCCCCGCGUCCUUGCCGCGCCCUGAAGUGGUUAUUUUUGGCGCGACUACGUCAUCUGUGACAUCUGAAUCGGUCGAAAACAUCUGGCGACACUCAACCGCCAAGUGCAUUUACUAGCCUAGCAACAUGAGUAAACCUGGCAGUGCUCCUCCGCAGUUCACCUAUGUGCCGCCCCCUUCGGCCCCGCCCUCUUACCAGGAGGCGGUGGGCGGAGUGAAGCCGGUGGGUCCAUAUACGCCCGUGGUGGCGCCCGCAACCACGGCAAAUACCACGAUUGUGACCACGGUUGUGCCCAUUAGCCGCACUUCGACGCACAUGAUCUGUCCAUCGUGCCAUGCCGAGAUCGAGACGACUACGCGCACCGAGCCGGGAAUGAUUGCCUACUUGUCCGGAUUUUUGAUUGCCCUAUUUGGUUGCUGGCUGGGAUGCUGCCUAAUACCUUGCUGCAUCGACGACUGCAUGGAUGUGCAUCACUCGUGCCCCAACUGCCGCGCAUAUUUGGGGCGAUACCGUCGAUAGGAUUGAGCGAGCAGGUCCAGCAAGGGGUUCCGUGGUGUAGAUUGAUUACUUUAAGCAAGCGUUUUUUGCCUUUAUUUAUUUAAUUGUAGUAAUAUCAUUUGGAUUCCACAGCGAAGGCAGAUGGAAAGAGCCAAGGCUUCCCUUAAUCUAACGCUAACUCGCUAAAUUGCUCCGCUGUUUUACAUUUUGGUUCGCCCAAUCCUUAAUUGUUAUGUGUAUGUUUCUGCCACGCUAAAGAUAGUAAAUACGUAUACAUUAAAAUAUCCAGCGCUUCGCGGAUAGGACAGCCACUAUAAAAACUCAAAUAAUGAAUCCGCCUUUCUAGGUACCCACAUAUGUAUGUACAAGCCUGAUUACGAGCACAAAAGUCGCUUGUGUGUCCAUUUUGAAGAACAGGCCCUUUGAUAUUGCACAAAUUGUAAAUCUUUUGAAGUCCGUCUUAUGUUUUUCGCACAUUGUUUAAUGAAUAAAUCGCUUAGAAUGUAGUCAAAAGAUAAAAUACAACAUAUUUUUGUAACAAAGUGUAAAUGUCUUCAGCGAAAGUGCAUAUUGUAUACUGUGAAAGUUAAUCUCCCUAAUAAUUAAUCACGAAAUCUAUAUAAUUGACUUUUAAUUUUUAAAUAAACUUAAAAAUGUCACC